AUGGCUCGGCCCCGCAUCCCUGAGAGCGGCACGGACAUCUCCCCGCUCUCCUCGCAACGGGGCUCAGUUUCUCCCUCAGCCGAACCUGUCCCUCCAAUCUCUCCUCUCCCUCCUAUCUCCCCCCUUCCAGACGCCCACUCUCACCGCUUCCAGCAGGAAUCUCUCCCGAACCCGCAGCAUCAGAAGCAGAAGCACAACAACGAGACUGGAGAAGGCAGCAAUGACAACAAGGUAAGCGGGCAUAGGGACAAGAAAAAAGGCCUCAAAGUACCGCCUAAAGAGGAGCUGUCGACAUGCGCCCGAAUGGGCAUCUGGCUGAUGGGGACGACGCCCGAGAAGUUGGCCAAGGCUGCGCAGCAGCAGAGGGAAAAGCGGAGGAAGGAACGGGAGAAGAGGAAGAAGUCGGCCGAGGAGAGGCAGAAGGACGGGGAUAACUCGACUAGGGAGGAGGAGGAUGAUGGUAAUGAUGAUGAUGAUGACCACUUGCCAUCGGGAGAUGAGGAGGACGAGUAA